AUGGUUUCUGACACAAUCAGUCAAGCUAGUGAAGAGGGCAGCAGUAGAGGGAGAGGUAAAAAUAAAAGGUUUUGGACCGUACAGGAAGAUAAUGUGCUCAUAAAAUCAUUGCAUGAGCUGGCUAGUGAUCCUAGGUGGAAAGGUGAAAGUGGAUUCAAAAGUGGGUAUAUGAAUAAGUUAGAGGAGAUGAUAAAACGUGAGCUUCCCGAUUGUGGUUUAAGAGCCGAUCCACACAUCGAGUCAAGAAUAAAGCAUUGGUCGGAGAAAUACUCUGCCUUAGCAGAGAUGUUGUCUCUUUCGGGAUUUGGGUGGGAUGAUGAGAAGAAGAUGUUGCAAGUGGAAAAGAAAGUGUUCGAUGAAUGGGCAAAGACUCAUAAAAGAGCGAAGGAAAUGUAUGGAGUACCUUUCCCUCACUAUGACAUACUUGCUGAAAUCUAUGCUAAAGACAAAGCAACAGGAGAUAUGAGCGAGUCUUUUUAUGGAGCAGUCAAGAACAUGAAUUCUGAGAUUGAAAAGGAGCCAUUAACUCUGGAGAGUGAUGAGGAGGAUGAUGCCAUUUCUACAACUCAAAGUCGGAAGCGGCCAUUGAAGAAAGAGGUUGAUCUUUCAACUCCCUUGAAGAAACCAAAGAAAUUGAAGGACUUUAAGGAUAAGGAACAGAAGAAAUUAUAUGAAGGUGAUCAACUAGUUGCUUCCCUUCAUAGUGUCUCAACAAAUUUCAGCACCAUUUUCGAGAACAUCAGUGCUAAUCUUGCAACCAUGGCUAGUACGUGGUCAAAAGCUGAAGAAAGGGAACAACAAUUGGAUGAAAAAGUUAACAAGAUAUUGGAGGAGGUUAUGAAGUUAGAAGGUAUCUCUCCAUCUGAAGCCUUGGAAGCAGCAACAAUUCUGAUGGCACAUGAACAUAAGCUCAGAAUUUUUUAUCAAGCUCCUGUGAAUCUUAAGAAGCAAUACAUUCUUGAUCUCCUUAGGAAAAAAUAGAGCUAAAACUUUUAUAUCAACUUUAUGAUGUAUUUUCUUUUUAUAACUUUAGACAAUCUAAUUUUUAUGUUCUACAAUUAAUCAUGACAGAUUCUAAGUUUCCAGAAUCGGAUUUGGUUCAAGGGUUUUAUCUCUAUGUCUAG